AUCUCUAUAUAAAUUGGGAAGCAUGUACAACAACAAUAAUAAAUGAUAGAGAAGUCAUGAUGACAUGGGAUGUUUACCCCUGGAAACCAAAGGACCCUACCCUCCUUCACAGAGGUUGAUAUGAGAGGAAACACAAAGUUCAUACAAAAGUUCCACAUAGCUAUGAUAAUCUAUACUAUUUUGUGAAGUAAAAUAAAUGUGGAAAUCAUCGUGUAUCGAAUACAUAAUGCUGAAUUCGAGAAGCCGUAAUGGGUAACAUGCGUCGGACAGCGGCACACAGGCAACGUCGUAAAUAAUAUUUCGUGACGCGUUUUGAAGUGCUGCCUGUUUCAACGGAACAUUUAACGGAAUGUUUAUCCUGUUCUCAGUCUGACGGGCUGCGUACAUAUAAUCGCUCAUAAUACAUUUUUUGAAGUUAGAACUUCCAAAAAGCUCGAAUAAUUUGCCCUACUUGCAAAUAGUUCUGCCGUCGGGCACAUACCUCCCCAUCCCCGUCUUUGGUGUUCCCGCCAUUCCCGCUCCAUCCCUUGCUCACUCUUUCCCUCCUCACGUGACAUAUGACGCACGCUAUGAGCCUGUGUGACUCGAACUACAGCCGAAAAGAGUCUCCCUGCGAAGUGCCAUGUCGCGGAAGAAGCUCCCUGGCGAAAUACGUUCAUACUUUCGGGAAUAUCUAGGCAGCGCAGGAACGACAUGUAAACAAACUCACAUGACCUCAAAAUGACGUUACCUAUGACGUGUGGCCGGAACAAGAUGGGUGUUUUAUGAAAAGCUCCCGCUUGAGGGUGGUUACAACGAUGUCGGGUUUAUGUCACACCUGUGCUCUUCUGGACCUGUUGGGCUUUGGGUUCUUUCCACUCCGCGGUUUUCCUGCAUGCUUUCCUGGUUUAUGGUUCUCUUUUUCCAGGACUUCUACUCUGUUCAUUAGGGAUUUGAUUAGUUCUAAUUUCGUCUCAUUUUCCGUAGUGAUCUCAAUCACACAAUUUUACAGGUCUACGAUAUUUUUUUGUCCUGUUGAGCAUUCUGCCCCUCUGAGGUUGUCGUUCCUGCUCUCUAUAUAGUGUGGUGAGCCUGUCCAUCAUUGAUCUUCAUAACGAACCCUGAGACUGGGGAAAAACACACUAAACAGAAGUUUGAGACUCCUGUUUGGUCUGUUUUCCCCAGUCUCAGGGUUCGUUAUGAAGAUCAAUUAUCACCAGCUCGACUGCUUUCUCGCCGCUCUUUACGGUCCACUAUUGUUUGCUUGUCGACGAUUAGUUUCUGUACCCUACUUUCUAGGGUCUUAUUAUUGUUUUCCUUGAACUUCCGGUUCAAAGCGUGUUGGUUUUCUAUUUGCUUCUCCAACUUUUAGAAUGUUUCGCAUAUAUUACACUCGAAGCGGGCGUUGAAGGCGCGCGUUUCGUCAACGUUUCGUCAACUCCGUUUGGUCAACCUACAUGCAACUCCUACAUUUAUCGCACUGUAUCAUUUCCUCUGCUUCCGGUGUCUUCUCCAUACCAGCUUGUGAAAAGAAGAAGAAAAAAGAACGGGCACUUCCAGUGACCGUUUUGAAAAGCGCGCCGCACCAGGCCACAACCGCUACAGGCGCUAAUAGAUGGCGCAACACUAGCCCCGCCAUCUCGCCAUUGCUUGCCUUCUUCUGCGAGUGCCUUUGCGUAUGUGAGUGCUUCCGAGUUUUUUUCGUCGUUGUGCUGCAGUUUUGUGCAAAAUGUGGAAAAGCAGAGGGAAGACUUGUUCCGUGUUUGCGUGUAGAAACUGUGACAGGGAUCUUAUUCUCUGGGACGAAGCAGUUUGUCAAAUCCACGAGCCGUCGCUACACAAAGACUGCCCGUGUUUGAGGCCUUUUGCAAUGCACGGGUUCCCACAAGGAGAGAAAAACAAGCUUGUCCGACAACGAUGGGUAUCGAAUCUUCACAGGAAAGAUUUCAGACCGGGAAAAUCAGCGAGGGUGUGCUCAAUCCAUUUUGUUGAUGGUCGUCCAACAAAAGACAACCCAUACCCAACGCUGCACCUUCAGACACUGGCCCAAUCAUUACACAAGUACUCCACAAUCACUGCAGAGCACCUGUACGCUCGGACACAUCCAGAGGAGAUGAAAUCUUCCUAUGUCCAAGCAGAUAUUCCUGCAGAAUGCCACAGCAUCGGAGUGCAAACUGAUCCAUCAGACUUUCCUGCGUGAAGUGAUGCAAGUGCCUGGACUGCAAGUGAAAGGAUCAAGUGCUACGUGCACGAACUGCAAAGAUCUUGAAGAUCGCCAUGGACCCAAGGUUGCUGCGUGACAUGCUGCAGCUGUCAUCAGUGGGCCAAAUAUCCUCCCUAGAGCCAUACCACACUAAUUGCAAGUCUUGCCUUGGAGCCAACAGCUUACACACCUCGCAGCAUGGUACUUCGAUGAAAAUGUGUGAUGUGAGCAAGCUUGCAAGAUAGAUGGACAGUUGUUCCGGCAAAAGCAACCCAAAGGAACAAGAAAGGAGCACUAGCAAAAACGAAUGCUACAUGUGACAGCCCUUUUGGAGAUGGUUGGUGAUGGAAUGAAGCUCACAUCUCAACUUGCACAAUGCUCUACUACAGAGUACAGGAAGGCCAUUCCAGGGUGAUCUGGCAGAAUGGGCUGUGGAAAGGAGUGCUCGGAAUGUACUGCUAUCCCCACUGUCACCUCUCGCCAGUUUCUUCGCCAGUGCACAACAGAGACUCUUCAUUCAGAUCAGUUUCCUCGGAACUCUUUGGUGGACUAGCAUUCGUGAAGGCAUCCAGCUUCUGCUCCAUGUUGUUGGCACACUUCUGUAAGAGAGUAAAGUAUGAGCAUACAGGGUGCUUCUCAUGGAAAGCA